UCACCAUGACAACGGCAGAUGACUUUUAGCAUCGUCGGGAGACGGCCGUUACCUCCGCCGCCGGUGAUUUAGAGGCGAUUUUUCCCAAUAAAUUGGUGUUUUAAAUCGGCCCGUCUGGUUUAUUUUUCAUGUCGGAAGGUCGCUGGAGCUGAUAGAGCCCCUCAUGAGCGGGAGGCCAGCCGGAGGCAGAGAGAGACGCUGUUUUACCGAGUGAACAACAACAACAACAACAACAUGGCUCUGCUUCAGCAUCCCCGGCUGCUGCUCCCCUGUGUUUUCCUGCUGCUCUUCGCCGGCCGUGUCCACGCCCGCUCCUCUCAGAUAUCAGAUCUGAAAUCUAAAAUCUCCGGGGUGGAGGAGCUGCUGGAGGAAUUCCGGAAGCAGCUGCAGCAGGACCAGGCAUACAGAGCGGCCGACGUGAGCGACUCCUGCGUAGGCGACUUCAGCGCCGCGGAGCAGCGCAUCAUCCGGACAAAGGCCUCCAUCGAGCAGGGAGCCACCUUCCUGUUGGCCCCGGACACGGUGUACACCUGGAGGGACUGCUUACACGCCUGCUGCUCGCAGCCUCACUGCACGGUGGCGGUGGUCCAGGAGGACCUGCGGCGACCCGCGGACAGCCUCAGCUGUUACCUGUUUAACUGCACCUACAGGAAUAAAAACAUCUGCUCCUUCGCUCCGCAGGAAGGCUUCACCACCUACAGCCGGACUCCGAACGCCACGCUGGGGCUCCUGCCUGGAACCACCGGCGGAACCACCGGGAAGCCCCGGCAAGCUGGGGAGGAUGACACCCCAGAAACGGACGAGCCUCCUCGCAGUGAUGCUGGGCAGGACGUGGUGAUCCAGCUGCCCACCGACUGGGCCGUCCUGGACGGCAGGGACAGCGUGGACGACCACAGGAUCACCCGCUACGAGUGGACUCUCGUUAGAGGAGACACAGCCGUCAACAUGAAGGCGACCCACCCAGGGCUGCUGAAGGUCAGCGGUCUGCAAGAGGGCGUCUACACGUUCCAGAUGACUGUCACCGACUCGGCGGGGCAGAAGAGCUCCGACAACGUCUCUGUSACCGUGCUGGCACCAAAACACCAGGCGGAGGUUUGCACUGGUGACUGCUCCAACUACCAGUUCAAGUGUGACGAUGGCUGCUGCAUCGACAUCUCCUACGCCUGUGACGGGAGGCAGCACUGUCCCGACCGCUCUGACGAAGACUUCUGCACAAACUUCGAUGGUGGCCGGAAGUCGGUGACCCACCCGGUGAAUCCCCCCAGCCCUCAGAGGCCUGCAGCCCGGACCCAGCAGGCGGACGGUGCCGCCAUGCUUCCAGAGGCAUCCAGGAAAACAGUCGUAUCAGCGGUAGAUGGGAGCAGCGCCGUUCCUGCUCAGAGCCUCACCGAGCAGCAGGGCGCGUCUGCUAACCAAGAUCCGUGCGCUGCAGAUCCGGUCGUUGGUCCCUGUAAAGGCACCUUCCCUCGGUGGUACCACGACCAAACGGCCCGAGAAUGCAAACACUUCCUGUACGGUGGUUGCCAGGGUAACCACAACAACUUUCUCCAGGAGUCGGACUGUGUCAGCGAAUGUUUACAGAAAAGCUCGGCCUUCAGCCCAACCAGUGCAGCCGCCCCCGUCACAAGGCCGACUGAGAAAGCUGCGCCUAAAGUUUCCAAACCCCAAGCAGAGAGUAGCGACAUAAUCUCCAAACCAUUUCCAGUUAGAGGCAGACACCCAGGCCCGGAGUCAGGUGCAAUUCUUCCUCUGGCGCUCGGCAUCCUCAUCACCGCCYUGCUGCUGCUCAUGAUCGGCUGUCGUCUCAGACUCGUUCGUCACAAGCUAAAGAAAGCGCGACCGCUCACCACCGAGGAGUCCGACUACCUCAUCAACGGCAUGUAUCUGUAGCCCAGGAAGCUGUUAGCGCUUCGUCUCAGACUGAAACAACCAGGCCCGUGCAGAGACCACUAAAGGGGCAGGUGCUCAAAACAAAAAAAAAMAAAAAAAGGGCA